CGCUGCUAUGAAGUGAACACAGAGCGGGUCAGAGUGCAGCAGAUCCGGCUGUGGAGAGUCUAGUCUGUCACAGGAUGCAUUACUGCAGCACGCGUGCAGGCGUUCAGGGCCUCAGCUUCAGAGACGUACUGUUCUCUGGAUACGCUGCAGACGGAGGCAUGUUCAUGCCCGAGACCAUCCCAUCACUGUCUCCUGAAACACUGCUCACGUGGAGCCGUCUGUCCUACCAGCAGCUGCUGUGUGAGAUCUGCUCCCUCUACAUCCCUGAGCAGGAGAUACCGCGACAUGAUCUAGAGGGGCUAAUUUCGCAGGCGCUGUCUAGCUUCUCCAUACCUGAAGCUGUGAGACUGGUUCAGCUGAAGGACUCGCUGUCCAUCCUGGAACUGUUUCAUGGAGAAACGCUGGCGUUUAAGGAUCUGGCCAUGUCCUGUACCUCUCAGUUCCUGCAGUACUUCCUGCGCAAAGAUGGCAAACGGGCCACAAUUCUAGUAGGUACGUCGGGCGACACGGGCGGCUCGGCCAUCAGAAGUGUGUUGGGUCUCAGUGAGGUGGACAUAGUGGUGGUGUUUCCCCGCAGACGCAUCACCAGAGUACAGGAACGACAGAUGACCACCAGCAUAGCGGACAACGUCCAUGUGUUUGCAGCUGAUGGGACGUCUGACGACAUCGAUGUUCCACUGAGGAAACUGUUUGCGGAUCCAGACCUGGUGCUACAUCAUGGUCUCAUGAGUCUGAACUCUGUGAACUGGUCCAGGAUCCUGGUCCAGCUGGCACAUUUCCUGUUCGCAUACCUGCAGUUGAGCAUGCCGCAGGCCAAAGGAGACGCUCUGCCCGUGCUGGAGGUGCUGGUGCCCACAGGAGGAGCGGGAAACAUCACAGCUGGAUACAUCAUGAAGCUGAUGGGAAUCCCUCUGCGUCUCGUGGCCAUGGUCAACUCCAACGACAUCGUCCACCGCGCACUCCAGAGCGGAGAUUUCUCUAUGUCCGACUCCGUCAAGCAAACUCUUGCUCCUGCCAUCGACAUCCAGGACCCGUAUAACAUGGAACGCGUGUUCUGGCUGCUGUCUGGUCGAGAUGGAGUGAUGGUUAAGAGUUUGAUGGAGGAGUUUCAGAGGACACACAAACUUACUCUUCCUGCGUCACUCCAUCAGCAGUUAUGUGAGGUGUUGUCAUCCGGGUCGGUGUCUGAUGACGGGAUACUGGAGGCCAUGAGGAGAUGCUGGCAGGACAAUCACUAUCUCAUCUGUCCGCAUACUGCUGUAGGCGUGUGGCAGCACUAUCACACACCCAUCAGACCCGGAGAAAACAGAUGCUGCAUAGCGACCGCAUCACCUGCCAAGUUUCAGGAGGUCGUGCAGAAGGCUGGUUUGACCCUUGAACUCCCUGAAGCAGUGCAGGCGUUAGACACGCUGGAGACGCGCUAUGAAGUUCUGGAGCGAUCAGACGACUGGGAGUCCAAGCUGAGACGACACAUAGAGUCCAUCAGCUCAAUGAGACGACUCGGAGCAGCAGCAGAGACCAGAGAUUGACAUGAAGAUGAUUUGAUGAGCAUUUAAAAUGCAUAAGUAUCCGAUUUGUUCUUUUGUCGAUUUGUAAUCUAGUGGUGUAAUUUUAUAAUAUGCAUGAAGGCAGAGUACAAGUCCUGAUACAAUAUAAUUUUUUAUAAUGAACCAAGCAAAACUGCAACUGAACUUGACUGCCAGUGAUUGCCCAGUGUUUUCAUGUGAAGAACACUGUAAUCGGCUUUUAGAUAAUACUGUUUCAUGGGAAAAACCCACCUCAAAUAAAAAGAACUGUUAGUAUUUAUAAUGAAACUUUACUUAACUUUCACUGUAAUAAUUAUUGCAGUGUGUUCAGACCCAGUUAAAUAGUUGAAUUAUCAAUUGAACUUGAGAACAUGCAGUUUUAAUGCCUUUACUGCUGUUAUUCCAGAAUAGUAAGGAUAUUAUAAGUCCUGCAUUGAUUGAGUCUUCUAUAGAAACAAAUCAAUUGAAACCAUCAGCAGCACAAGGCUGAACUGCACAUUAUCACUGUGUUUAACUGCACGAGUUGUUCUCCGUACUCCUUCAGAGAAACGCACCACACUUGCGACUUGCGUCUUUUGACAUGCAGAGCAGUGAGUCCCCAGGACUGGAGUUAAGAACUACUGCAUUAAAUGAUAAACCUCUUCGGUUGUGUCGUGUCGACAAAUUAAUAUUUUGUAAAUUUUGGAUGGAUUCCUUAAACCACCAGCAUACAACAACUCCUUGUUUCUGCAUGAAUCUCAUAGGCUAAAUGAUAUUUUGUCUUUAAACUGCAACAACUUUGGGGCACUAUUCAAUUUAUACCUAGAAUAAUUGUGAAACUUAAUUAUGCAAAAGUAAAAAUAUUUCUCUUUUGUCUUUUUGGCUCAAAAUCAAAUGCGCUUCUUCGAUUUGAAUAUCCAUUAUGCU